CCACGUGUAGCUUCCAUGGCGGCCUCACAGGUCCUGGGGGAGAUUAACAUACAGGCGGGAGAGACGGCCAAGGCCGGAGACAGGGACCUGCUGGGGAACGACUGUCCGGAGCUGGACGGGCUUCUCCAACGCUCCUGGAGGCAGAAGUGCGCCUCUUACGUGCUGGCCCUACGGCCCUGGAGCUUCAGUGCUUCACUCACCCCGGUGGCCCUGGGCAGUGCCCUGGCCUACAGAUCCCAGGGCGUCCUGGAUCCCAGGCUGCUGGUGGGUUGUGCUGUGGCUGUCCUGGCCGUGCACGGGGCUGGCAAUUUGGUCAACACUUACUAUGACUUUUCCAAGGGCAUUGACCACAAAAAGAGUGAUGACAGGACCCUGGUGGACCGAAUCUUGGAGCCCCAGGAUGUUGUUCGGUUUGGAGUCUUCCUCUACACUUUGGGCUGUGUCUGUGCCGCUUGUCUCUACUACCUGUCUCCUCUGAAACUGGAGCACUUGGCUCUCAUCUACUUUGGAGGCCUGUCUGGCUCCUUUCUCUACACAGGAGGAAUUGGAUUCAAGUAUGUGGCUCUGGGAGACCUCGUCAUCCUCAUCACUUUUGGCCCGCUGGCUGUGAUGUUCGCCUAUGCCGUCCAGGUGGGGUCCCUGGCGGUCUUCCCACUGGUCUACGCCAUCCCCCUCGCCCUCAGCACCGAGGCCAUUCUCCAUUCCAACAACACCAGGGACAUGGAGUCCGACAGGGAGGCCGGCAUCGUCACGCUCGCCAUCCUCAUCGGCCCCACCCUCUCCUACAUGCUCUACAACACGCUGCUCUUCCUGCCCUACCUGAUCUUCAGCAUCCUGGCCACACACUGCAGCAUCAGUCUGGCCCUCCCCCUACUCACCAUCCCCAUGGCCUUCUCCCUGGAGAGACAGUUCCGAAGCCAGACUUUCAACAAACUGCCCCAGAGGACUGCCAAACUCAACCUCUUGCUGGGGCUCUUCUAUGUCUUUGGUAUCAUUCUGGCCCCAGCGGGCAGUCUGCCCAAACUGUAAGGGGACCCAGAGCUCCCCCUCCCCGUUUCCCAGUAUUGGAAUAUGUUUGUUGAAGGCAGAGAAUCCGAGGAGGAAGGGUGACUUAGCAGCGAGGGGGCUGAGGUUGGCUUCUGAACUCCCACCUUUUUUUAUUAUUAUCUUUCUAAAGAUAAGGUUUUCAUUUUGUAUUACUCCGUUUUAUGGUGAAUCUCGAAACCACUGGUAGCGGGUGAACUGGCUGCGUGGUCCUUGUUUUAUUUAUAAUUUCCACUAGGGGGUGAUGUUAGGUCACUUUAAAGCAGAUUAAAAGGCCCUAAGACUGUGAAGGAGCUGCCGGGUUGGCCUCCUGUCCUGGAAGCGCAGUAGUCACUGGGCUCCCGCUUGCCCUGCUCACCCGCCGGAGGUGUCAUCCUGGUAGCUUGGUCUCGCAGGAUGUGCCCGUGAUCGGUGCCAGGCCCCAGUGACCCGGGGCGCAUCUGUCUUUUACCCUGAGCCCUUGGGGCCUGAAAUACACUGCUUGAGAGAGAAAGUCCCUCAUUAACAGCCUACCGUGGCUCCCGGCUUUUUGCCUAGGUCGGGAUUCGGACACUUUGACCCUUCAUCUCUCCUUUCACUUACUGCAGCAUCAGUCUGGCCCUCCUGUUCUUUGGCUGCCCUGGCUUUAGAUCCUCUGCAGAGAAGUGGCAGAUCAACCUGCAGCCAGCUAGCCAAGCUGAGGGCUGGGGAAGGGAGCAACCCCACCCUGGAGGCAGCUGAGAAAGUCACUCUGCUUUUGAUUAGAAAUUGGUACCACUGCUAUUUUCCCUUUGCAGGACCUACUGGAUGGCAGGAAGGACUCCAGCCCUUUCAGUAACUAUUAAGAGCCCUGAAAUCGUAGGGAUUUCAGACUCCUUAAAGCUCCUUCCCCUGACCCAUCGCCUUUCCUCCUGCCUCCCUGUGCCCACCUUCUGUCCGGUUCCCAUUUGUGUGUCUCCCAGCCACGGAGCCUGACUAUUUGGGUAGCAGUUUAGCAGCUGAAUUGGGGGCAGUUGUCAUUUCCCACAGAGCCACAGGAUGAGCAGACCAGGGACGUCCGCUCAUCCGUGAACGAAUAAGCCGAUAGACACAGUCCUGACCCUCUUCAGCCAAAAUGGCAGGCCCUGCCAGGGAAGGCACUGUGUUUUCCUAUUUGAAGACAGACGUGCAGUAUUGACCCUGCUUCUCCCAAAGGCUUCCGUUGCCUUGUGCAAAGAUCUUUUGCUCCCAGAAUGGGGGAAUUCCAGUGCUGAUCGUAGCUGUUUCUCACUUCAGUGCCUGCAAAGUACAAUUUCUGGGCGAGAGUGGCUCAGCUGUCUUUGGUCCAAGACUGAAAUAGAUCGAGACCAUCAUCAUUAUACUUUUCUGUUGUGAUUAUAGCCUUUCUGAUUGGUGUUUCAGGGUCUUGGCCGCCGAAAGAGACAAGAACUAGUUCUUACCCCUUCAAAUCAGGUUAAUUAUGAUUUGGCUCCUUGGAGUUAGAAUUGGUCAGUCUCCUUGGAAAAAACAUGUUUGGAAAUUGCAGGCAUUCCUCCAAAGCUAAAGGUGGUUUGUCUGCAGAGGUCCAGAAUCCUCGAAUGGUGGUCGGAACCCAGUAACAGGAGAAGGAAGGACGGUCCUCCUAUCCUGCCGUUCUUCCCAGCACCAUUUUUGUUUUACACCAGGCCCAGAGCAUUGUGCUUCAAAGCCAGGCUCUUGUGGCUCCUCUUGAGAGCAGGCCGUUCUCACACAGGGCUCCCUCCUGCGGCUCUAGGACUGGAGCUCCCUGCAUCCCCAGACCACACCCGCCUUCCUAAGCCCUCAUGCCGGGAGGUGUCCGUUGGCCUCUGCACUGCAUCGUGGUACAGAUUUUAAUGCGUAUUUUUAUAUAUAAAUAUUUUAAAAGGCCAAAUUUAGUGCCAGGGUUUAUAUGCAGGCCACCACAUUUGUAUUACAUCUCCUGAUUCAAUGAAGGUGUUCUUUAGACUUGUUAAUAAAAACAAUAUUUAU